AUGACGACAAGAGAUGUGGUGAAAGGAAAAGAGAGGAAACCGACACAUGGAAGAGGGAAAGAGAUUCGACAAGAUGGACACAGUUUCGGUAAGAAGAAGGGAGACAAACCAAAGAGUACUAAAGGAAACAAUUCGGUGAGAAUGCAGACAAUAUGGAGAGAGGAAACCAGUGAGUGGGAUAGAAAGAGAAACCCGACGAUAGUUCUACCGAGUGGGAGAGGGAAAGAGACUUGA